UCACUAUCACCUCGAAUUUUAACUCUAAAAGAUUGGAGAAAAGAUUAUCGAAAAGGCUUUGGCAAGCCUCCAAAAUGAUGCUGAGUCCGGAUCAAGCCGCAGACUCGGACCAUCCCAGCUCUGCGCACUCGGAUCCGGAGUCGCUGGGCGGCGCGGAUGCCAAGGUGCUGGGCAGCGUGUCGGACCUGGAGCCGGUGGAGGAGGCCGAGGGCGACGGCAAGGGCGGCAGCCGGGCCGCUCUCUACCCGCAUCCGCAGCAGCUGAGCCGCGAGGAGGACCGCGAGGAGAAGCGCCGCCGCCGGCGCGCCACGGCCAAGUACCGCUCGGCUCACGCCACCCGCGAGCGCAUCCGCGUGGAGGCCUUCAACCUGGCCUUUGCCGAGCUCCGCAAACUGCUGCCCACGCUGCCCCCGGACAAGAAGCUCUCCAAGAUCGAGAUCCUGCGCCUGGCCAUCUGCUACAUCUCCUAUCUCAACCACGUCCUGGACGUGUAGGGCCGGGGGCGCCGCGGGAGGCCGCCUGUCCUGGCGUCGGAGGAACGCGACAGUCCCAGGCGGCCGCGGACGGCGUGGCGUUGGCGGCCUGUGGCCCAGCAGAACCACUGCCGCGAGAGACAAGGACGGGGGAAGAAGCUCGCAACCUGUUCUCUCUGGUCAGCCGGGCAACGAGGGAAGGUGUCCGACGCGGGGAGGUGGGGUUGCCUGGCGAACCCUGUAGCCAGGGCUCCAAGGAGAGAUUUUCCAAGCCGGGAGAACUUCCUGGAGGCACCCCACAAUGAGUUGCCUCCAGGCCUCUCCUGGGCAUGUUAGGAUCCCUUUGAGGGUUGUUGCUUUAACCCACUGGAGACUUUGAGUUCUCCUACAUUUUUCUCCCACAAGUCCUGUUUUGAAAGAACGAGGGCAGAAGCUCAGAGUUACAGGCUCCUAACUUUAGACUACCCGGAAUUUUUCGAAUUGACAAAUCACCAAACAUUGGGGAGGAGGGAGGAGGGAAUCUCUUCCAUAUAGAGAUCUAAGGCACAGAAAAGUGGAAUAGGAAACUUUCUGUUCCGUUGUGAAAGGGAAGAUUAUACUAGAAUCCAAAUUAAAAAAAAAAAAAGAAUAUUUGGUAAGGUUGAAAAGACAAAUAGAAACGCUGGGAGGGUUUCAACUUGAUGAGAUUGUAACCCCAAGAUGUGACACUCAUGUAGACAGGAAAGUCCAUAUUUCCAUGGAAAAUUUAAUCUCUGAUUGCUUUUCAGGCGAAGUGCCCCUUUAUAUAUCCAAAAACAUCUAUUUGUGACCUUAAAUUUGUGGACCUAU